AAUUUUAUAAGUUGCUAAACUGACCUUGAUCGAUUAUCAAUAUUUUUUUUAUUGAGUAACACAUUUGUAAGUAAACUUGAUUCACCAAUUGUCACUUAUUAAUUUUUUUUUUUAAUUUUAGAAUGUUGAUAAUUAAUGGCUAGAAUUUAAGAUUUUAUAUAAAAAAAUUAAAAAAAAAGAGUGUUACAAAAUUAAAAAGUCUGAAAUAUUAGAAACCAAAUACAAAUAUUUAGAACCAAAAUAAUACUUUGGCAAGAAAAAUAAUUGGGGUCAAUAGCUGUGUAUUAAUGUGCAAAAAAAUUGGCAACGGGCGAAGGGCGAAGGGCGAAGAAGAGGAAAAUGAAGAAGCUUGCAAGGAAAUGGCGUAAUUCAGGAGACGACAAGUUCUCUCUUCCCAUCCACGACGAUGAAGACUCUCGUCCCAUGGACCCUCAAGAGCAAGAAGAGUUUGUUCGCUCUUUAGAGGCCACUCAAGCUGAGAAUAAUCGCUUUUGGAGGAGGGUGUUUGCCAUUCUGCUCUUCUGUUACAUGCAGUUUCUUUUGUAUUCCAUCUUCAAACAGGUUACAUCUCCAUGGGAGAUGAGGCCUUAUGCCUAUUUCAUGGAGGACAUCUACUCAUGGAUGAUUAUCUCUGCAGACUGGAUGGCUGUUUUAGUGUGCUCAUUUUCCAUGAAAGGAUUGAUUGAUGAGUCAGUGCAUCACAGAAGAUGGAUCUGGUACUCGUGGUUUACUGCCAUUGUUCCUGCAAUGUUCUGGUUAUAUUACAUGUUGAGGCUGCCUAAAUUCCGUUGGGAUGUUAUCUUUCUGCCAUUUGGUCCUCUUGGGGGAGCCACAAUCUGCCUCUACGUGGAUCAUUUGCUAAGCGAGUCAUCAGAAGAGAUAAGAAAGCUUCGUGGGUACAUGUAUAGCUAUAAAGCAGGCUAGAAUGGACAUUGUGCCCUGGUGACAUGGGAAGCAAUUUUUGGAACGGAUUGACCGGAUAACCUGUGAAUUAUUUUCAAUCAGUCAUAUGGAUUGAGGCUGAUACCCUUAUCAGCCAACAGCAGGGAGAGUUAAGAUAGGAACAGUCACCUGAUCAGAGAGCAAGUGACAUGGUUUAAGGUGGCAUCUGGUGGAGUGGCGAUGUUUUGGUGAGAUGUGGUAGUAGCAAUUUUGGAUGCUAUAAUAAUUUUCGUUUUACUGAGCAACUUAGUGAAUCACAUUUCUCUAAAGUUUAUGCAAGUUGUGUCAUUGCUGUUAAUCAAAAGAAUUUUAUAACUGUUCGUACCUUGCGUGAAUUUGCCAUUACGGCUGACAAGUUUAGACUUUAGACAUGUUAACUUACAUGGGUAUUGAAUUGUUUGCAAAGUAGGUUGGAUAUUGAAAAAGAACAAUUGAACUUUUUGUGGGAAUUUCAGUGGGUUCCUUGCUUUAUUGGCUGAAGAUAGGCAGCAUAAUGCUAAGCGAAUACCUCUGAUUUUUGCUUGUGAAUAAGAAGAAAAGUCGUGGAAGAAGCUAAUUGUUGUGGAGGAAUGAAGACUAUGAUUGAUGCUACGCUUCAACGCAAGGCUUGUAUCCAGAAGAUAUUGAGAUUCUUAUGCUCUCCAAAGUUAUAUCGGGUAAAAUUAAGGGAAAAAGAAGUUGCUGUUAAUCAGCACAAGUCAUAAUUUAAUAUUAAGGAAAUACACAAGAAAUAUAAAACCCUUGAUGAAUGGAUAAAAUUGAAUUUUCAUUAGAACAUAGCAUAGCAUCAAU